CGGUGCCAAACAGCAUUAAAUCUGCAGUGCAGAUGCAGCUUAAGUAGCUGAUAAAGAACAUUGGCCUUAGCUUUUAGAAUCAGAGACAUAACCUUUGUGUUUUUAUCUCAUCUUCAAUUUUAUACGCAUUCUGGAAAAGUGUUUAAUAAGAAAUGUUGAGAAGUAAUUAUCCCCCUUUUUAAAAUGUUAUAUUUGUUUUCCUGCAGGAUUUCUCUAUAAUCCACCCUGAAAUUCUCACACACUGGAAGGCAUCCGUUCGCUCUGCGGCACUUUGCUUUAAGGGUCAAGAACCAUGCUAGACAAUUUUAAAGGCUCUUUACGGAUCCUGAGUUCCAUAGUUGUACUUGGAUUUCAGCUUGUCAUCCCACAACCUUCGAUCGAACACAGAAAGGUGCCACAAAGGAUAGAAGAACAAAACACUGCCACAGAAGAAGACAACGCAGGAAUCCCAGGCAACUGGGGAAGUUGGGGUCCCUGGUCGGCUUGCUCAAGAAGCUGCAGCGGUGGAGUGAUGGAGCAAACAAGGCCUUGCCUCCCGGGAUAUUAUUACGAGAGGAACUACCGUAGGCCUGGGCAAUACGCCACCCCCGAAAGGACCCUUACUCACCAGCAGCCUCCUCACCAAGAGGAGCAGCUCAGCCCUUACUCUGGGCAUGUCAUCUCUGCUAUCCGGACAUCAGUGCCUCUUCACAGGAACGAGGAAGAUUCCCGGGCCAGCUUCCGAACUGGAGUCUCUCCAGGGGGCCGCAAUGACAGCCAUUUGAGCAAGGGGAUGUCAAGAGGAGGGAGGCUUUCUCCGUCUCGGAGGCGUAGCCCCAAACUGGAAAGAAGAGGCAGAAAUAAGAAUCCCAUUGGACCCGGGAAGUAUGGCUAUGGAAAAGUGCCCUAUAUAUUACCGCUGCAGACUGACACGGGACAAUUACCGCAGAAACCCCGAAGGCAGCGGCAGUCGACUUGGGACGCAGCAAACCAACAGAGCAUUGGGGUGCCCUUGGCUCAGCCAGCAAACCCUUCCCAUCACCAUAGACAUUUGUACCAAGAUGACCACAGGCCUCCUUCAUCCCGGCCACAACCAGGAAGUGGUUCGUUUUACCAGCCGGCUGCUCCCCAAUUUCAGACCUUUCCAGUAGCUCAAAGUUUGUUUCACAAUACGGACUUGAACAGCCGUAUCCCUGUGUCUCGACAGUCAGUCCAAAGCCAGACUUCUCCUCAUAGGACAGCCGUGAUUGUGUGUACCGGAGCCUACAAGCAGUACAAACUCUGCAACACAAACCCAUGCCUCGAGAACAGAAGCAUCAGGGAAGUGCAGUGUGCGUCGUACAACAACAAGCCUUUUAUGGGUCGAUUCUAUGAGUGGGAACCUUUUGCGGAAGUGAAAGGUAAUCAGAAAUGUGAACUGAACUGCCGGGCAGUGGGCUACCGAUUCUACGUGAGGCAAGCAGAAAAAGUCAUCGAUGGGACACCUUGUGACCAAAAUGGCACCUCCAUUUGCGUGUCGGGACAAUGCAAGACCAUUGGCUGUGAUGACUAUCUUGGCUCAGACAAAGUGGUGGACAAAUGUGGGAUCUGUGGAGGGGACAACACAGCUUGCAAAGUGGUCUCAGGAGUCUUCAAACAUACCCUGACCAACCUUGGCUAUCACAAAAUUGUGGAAAUUCCAGAGGGGGCCACGAAAAUCAACAUCACGGAGAUGUACAAGAGCAACAACUACUUAGCAUUGCGGAGUCGAUCGGGACGGUCCAUUAUCAAUGGGAACUGGGCAAUUGAUCGACCUGGGAGAUAUGAGGGAGGAGGAACCAUGUUCACCUACAAACGCCCCAAUGAAAUCUCAAGUACUGCCGGGGAGUCCUUUUUAGCCGAUGGCCCAACCAACGAAGUCUUGGAUGUCUAUAUGAUUCAUCAGCAGCCUAAUCCAGGUAUACAUUAUGAGUACAUCAUACCGGGGCCCAAUGUCAUUAGCCCUCAGGUGCCUCUUCAUAGACGUCCAGGGGAGCCAUUCAAUGGCCAGCUGGAUGUGACGGAGAGUGUGAAUUAUGAGGAAGAGACUUUGCACAGGGAGACAGGGACUCACAUGGGUCAGCCUGUGGGGAGCUUCCCAGUUCUCCAGCCUGGAAGAUUUCCUUCCCAUCCACCAGACAACCAGGUGCCUGCUGGACAGCCACCUCGACGCAGCCGGGAAUACAACUGGAAGCAGAUUGGAACAACCGAAUGCAGCGCCACGUGUGGGAAAGGCUCACAGUAUCCCAUCUUCCACUGCGUAAACAGAAACACACAUGAGGAGGUCUCUGAGAGCUACUGCGACACUGGUACCAAGCCCAGUCCAGAAGAAGAACCCUGCAAUAUCUUCCCUUGCCCAGCCUUCUGGGAUAUUGGUGAGUGGUCAGAAUGCAGUAAGUCCUGCGGCCUUGGAAUGCAGCACCGCCAAGUCCUGUGCCGGCAGAUCUACGCCAACCGCACCCUCACGGUCCAGCCCCACCGUUGCAACCACCUGGAGAAACCGGAGACAACAAGUACGUGCCAGCUGAAGAUCUGCAGCGAAUGGCAAAUUCGGACAGAGUGGACAUCGUGUUCAGUACCAUGUGGAGUAGGUCAGCGGACCCGAGAUGUAAAGUGUGUCAGCAACCUUGGAGAUGUUGUCGACGAUGAGGAAUGUAACAUGAAGCUACGUCCAAAUGACAUUGAGAAUUGUGACAUGGGACCCUGUGCCAAGAGUUGGUUUCUUACUGAAUGGAGUGACCGGUGCUCAGCAGAAUGUGGCGCAGGCGUCCGGACGCGUUCUGUCGUCUGCAUGACCAACCACAUUAGCAGCUUACCCCUCGAGGGCUGUGGACACAACAGACCACCGGAAACAACCCCGUGCAACAACGGUCCCUGUUUGGGGAAAGUGGAAUGGUUUGCUGCAAGCUGGAGCCAGUGUUCAAUUGAGUGCGGCAGUGGAACCCAGCAGAGGGAAGUGUUGUGCAUCAGAAAGACAGAGAACAGCUUUGAGCUACUGAAUCCCCACGAAUGUGCGUUUUUGGAAAGGCCUCCCAGCCAGCAGAGCUGCUACCUCAAGCCUUGCGGUGCCAAAUGGUUUAGCACUGAAUGGAGCACUUGCUCCAAAUCCUGCGAAGGAGGUUUCCGCAUCCGAGAGGUGCGUUGUCUCUCCGAUGACAUGUCGUCCAGCACCAAAUGUGAUCCGCAACUGAAGCCAGAGGAAAAGGAGCAAUGCAACACUCAGGACUGCGUACCUGAAAUAGAUGAGAACUGCAAGGACAAAUAUUAUAACUGCAACGUAGUGGUUCAAGCCCGGCUCUGCGUCUACACCUAUUACAAGACGGCAUGCUGUGCAUCCUGUUUGAGAGUGGCAAACCGACAGUCGGGGUUUCUGGGGCGCAGAUAACGUCCGCUUCGUGGCUCGCAUCCGACUUCUGCCCCAUUGCUUGGGGCUGCUUGGACUGCCAGAGAGUUUUCCUUCUGGAAAAGAGGUUCCCCGUAUUGCUGCACACUUCCCGGGUGUGACGAAGGCACACCUGCCUGCUAUCACUAACACACACUGUAUAGGAACUCUUUGCCCUUGGGAAAUGUACACUGUAAAGAAAGGAAAGUGGAGACUUCGAGGAACCACUGGGCACAAGCAGAAGAGGGAACCACGGAAGCUUUAAAGAGAUGGUCUAUAUGGGGUCAGGCCAGUAAUUCUUAUGGGGCAGGAGUGGGAAUCAUCUCACUUGUAGACUGAAUAUGGCUCUUGGAAGAGUCCAGUGCUGUUCUUGGGAUCCUAACUGAUGUCCCAAUCCACCAGAAGUCCCCUCAAUUCAACUGAAAAACACUGAAAAAAAUCUUGGAAACAUUGUAAAAUGAUGUUGAGGGGGAGGAUGUCCCAACUCUGAAUCCAUCCAUCCCUCCAUCUAUCUCUCCAUCCCUUUAUUUAUACCCUGCCUUUUCCCCAAGAAUGAGACUUGAGGUGGCUUACAGAUUUGAAGAAAAGAAAUACAACUAAAAUCAUGUCUGGUUAAAAAAAAUGUGCAAAACCCAAGAUUAAAAUAAUAAUAAACAGUCUGUAAAAUUACCACUAUUUAAAUUGUUCAAAGCACAGAACAGAAGUAGAUCUGCACACUAGACCAGAAAGCCCUUUACCUGUAAAACAAUGAUUUUCCAAAGAGUUGCUGGAAUAUAAAGGUUUUCACCUAUUGGCAAAAGGAGAGCAAGGAAGGAGCCAAUUUUGCACCCCUGGAAGGGAGUUGCAGAGUCUGAGGCUGCAUCUAUACUACAAAUUUAAUGCAGUUUGACACCUCUUCACUGCCGUGGUUCAAUGCGAUGGAACUCUAGGAUUUGUCAUUUCAUGAGAUAGCUAGCCUCCUCUGUCAGAGAGUUCUGGGGCCAAAACAGACUACAAAUCCCAGCAUUCUAUAGCCUUGUAAAAUUGAGGAGCCCUGGUGGCUCAGUGGUUCAGUGCCAGUAGUGCAGCCACAAGGUUGUGAGUUCGAUCCCAGACAGCUCCAAGUUGACUCAGCCUUCCAUACUUUCGUAGCUGGGUAAAAUGAACAUCCAGCUUGUUGGGGGCUUACAGAUUAUAAGCAGUUUAGAGCGUGUUGAGUUCACUAUGAAGCAGUAGGAAAAUGGAAAUACUAUGGCUAUUGCUAACCACAAAUCCCAAGAUUCUGUAGGAUGGAGUCAUGGCACCUAAGGUUGUGCUGAACUACUGCUAUUUUGUCCAUACUGUUUGCACCAGAUUGGGCUCUGGAUAUCAGCCCCGAAGCCCAACCCUGAUUUCCACAACUGCUCUCCGUGGUUAGUAUAUGAGCAUGGAAAUCUAAUUUUGGGGGGAUAUUCAACCCUACCCAUUGGCUUUUCACACGAUCCCCAUGAAGACCAAGGAGGGAGGGAAAUAAAAUCUAGUUCAGCUCCAUGCAGAGCAAGCUCAGGUUGUACUGCCAGUUCUCCACCGAUUACUUGAGCUUCAUUUGACUGCGGUUAUUUGGCUCCUUCCCCAGCAUUUCAUGCGCCUGUUCUUUGUAUCUUUGACUUAUUAAAAGGCAACUCUAAUUAAGGCCAUCCAGCAGAGGAAUUCUUCUACCAUCAGCCACUCACCCAUCAGCCCCCCGAAGUCUUGCAGGACGUCACUUUUGCUAUUACCUGCAUUGAUUUGUCGUAAACAAGCAUGCAAUGUUUUCAGAUCCACUAACACUCCUAUCUUUAGCAACAUGGCAAAGUUAAGCGGCCACACUUUAACUGCCAACAUAUUUCAUUCACAGCACCAGAGCAUGGCUGCCUCCACUCAGACAUUCUCCAUCUAGCUGGAGAGUGCUUGAUGCACAGUAACUUUUAUUCCCUGCUUUUAGAGGAGAUGGGAGGCAGUGAACGAAAUGCAUGUUGUCCUAAUCCAGACAUGACCAUGUCGAUGCCAUUCAACGGGCGAGUUUAACUUUUGAUGAGAGAAGAACCAAUCAAUCAGUUUCCAAUCAUGUCCAUUGCUGGAUUUCAAAAUUUCAGAUAAGAAUACGUAAUCUAGAGUUACACAUUUGUAACUGAUCCAUGAUUCCUAUGUAGGGAAUCCAUAAGGAUCACAAAAGUCCCCCAACUGUGGUUUACUGAGCAGCAGCCACUAUGAAUAAUGGAGUCCUAUUCUCUUUCAAUCAGGAUGCAUCUGCACUGUAGCAAUAAUGCAGUUUGACACUGCUUUAAGUGCUGUAGCUCCAUCCUAUGGAAUCCUGGGGCUUGUAGUUUUACAAGAUCUUUAGCCUUCUCUGCUGAAGUAAGGUGCUGGUGCCUCACAAGACUACAAAUCCCAGGCGUCUGUAGGAUAGAGCCACGACAAUUAAACUGCUGUCAAACUGCAUUAUUUCUAGUGUAGAAGCAACCUUAAUUAAGGAGCUGAUUUAGAAUCUCAGCCUAUGCAAGCCAUAGAAAUCAUUUUGGGUGCAAUCCGGUAUCUUUGUGUAAAAUAGCCAUAUUCAAUUUGGCCACAAUGCUGUGCAAAGUCUGGUAGGAGAGGAACAAGAGGAUGAUGAAGAGUCAAUGAAUCUUAAAUUCAAUUCAAGACCAAACAAAAUGAGUCUGCGAAUAGUAGACAUAUCCCCUAGAUUCUCAUUUCUUGAUGGGGAGAAGCUACCUUGACCACAGACUCAUCUGAUCUCAGAAGCUAAAUUUGAACCUAGUUAGUCUUGGGAUGGAAGAUCACCUGGGAAUAUCAGGUCCUAUAGGCCAGUUUGUAACAACCUGGGAACAUGUAAUCUCAUCUGACUUUGGAAGGUAAGGAGGGUCAGGCCUGAUUAAUACUUGGAUGGGUGACCACCAAGUUUCUCCAGAAUCUCCAGGUGAUGCUAGGAAGGAAUCUUGCCCAAACCUUUGGAGAGUCACUAUCACCAGUUUUGGUAACAGUACGUUAGAUAUACCAGUGGUCUUCUUUCCAUCUUCGUAUGCAAAAAUGAGAGAUUAGUGCUCUAAUUUGUCACCUGAAAUAGAAGAUGAGUAUUGUGACCCCUGAAUUACUUUCUGGCUCUGAUUUUAAUUGACUUUGGCUCAGCAAUAAAUUAAAUUAUUUCUCAGUUUUGCUUCUUCUGAACCUAUCCUAGCCUGGGGAGAUGUGUUCAUCAUCAGUCAAGGGGAUUCUACCCAUAUUGCAGAAUCUGGAGUGCAGCUACUUGGGGGUGAGGAUGAGAGUGUGGCCUUCCAAUAAGAAUUCUGUCUCCUCCAUGAAACAGACUUUCCAUCCCCACACUUCUAUCAUUGCAGUAACUUCAAUAGCUUAAAACCUCAACUUGAAGAUUUAGAAAUGCAGGAUGGAAUCUUUGUAAAUGGAGUUAUGUAUGCAGGAACUAGAAUUGCACAUUUGCAUUAUGUCCGUAUCCAGUAGAGGGAUGCUGUUAUGUUACUAUGUAGUAGAACUAGCAAAGUGCCAGGUGCACAACAGGACUGAUGUAUCUUGCUCUCAAUGGGCAUCACAUUGGUCUGGAUGCUUGCUGGUGUCCCAGUUUGCAUCUUCAGUAAAUUCAUUUAAGGGGUAGAUUCAUAGGAUCAUAAAGUUGGAAGAGAACAUAAGGACCAUCCCGUCUAACCCCCUUCUGCCAUAUGGGAAUACACAAUCCAAGAGAUGAUCAUCCAGGUUGUCUUGAAAAACCUCCAAUGAAGGAGACUCCACCGCUCUCCAAGGCAGCAUCUUCCACUCUCAAACAUCUUUUACCAUCAGGAGGUUCCUCCUAAUGUUGAGGUGGGACCUUUUUUCCUGUAGCUU